AUGACUCCAAAACCCCUUAAAACAAAGGCUUUUGCUUCAAGCAGCCCCAGAUACCAUAUGUGUGUUGGCUAUGGUCCUCAUCUCAGGUGGCGUUGGCUAGCAAACCCCGGUCAUCUGACCACCCAAUCAGAUCAAGCAAAUAACAAAGUUUUUGUAUGCCUCUCUGCUUCUUUUCAUUACAAGAUUAUUGUACUUUUACAUACUCAUUAA